CCACCGCCCCCCCACCUGGCCUCAAAAUCAGGCCUGUGAAGAGGGAAGUUCCAGACAGAGCUGGGCUUCUCCGACCGCCUAGGGCGUUCUGGACAGCGCUACUUGAGAUCAGUUACCCUUUUUUUUCUGCUUCUAAAUAGCCGGCCGAAUGCUCUUUUUCCAGUGCUGGCUGAGUUGUUAGCUCCAGCCGGGCGGGGACGCCUGCCAGGUACCUGGCUCUGUGAGCACCGUCCAAACUGGUCAGGCCAGUCCACCCCGUAGUUGUUUCUGCCAGAACUUGCCCGUGUGUGCGUGUGUGUGUGUGUGUAUGUGUUAGAGACCCACCCUUCUCAACCAGGUAGGUGGAAGGCAGCUUGCGGGCACCCGCCUGGCAGUCAGGCCAGAUGGGUGGAGCUGAAUUAAUCUAGCCUGGAAUUUCAAUUUGGCCCGCACAACAGGUGAGGGAAAAAAGCAGCAGAGAGCAGGCAGUUUGGCAACUUGGAAAUAUUCUUGUGCCUUGCCCCUUGUCCGCUGCCUGGAAAGUAGCCCCGGGUGACUUUUUAAAGUGUCUGCGCCGGGUUAUAGGGCUCGGUUGAGCCAUGGCCCCAUCGGAGGUUGUCAGAGCCCGUCUUGAACACUGUCCUCCUCGGUUACCCUCCGCGACGCGCCCGUUUCCCCUCCUCUGGGAGGCAGGGCGGGGGUAUCGGAUUAGUCUUUGUUUUCGAGGCGAAAAAGAGCCGAGCGCGGCGCGGGGAAAGCUCGCAAUGGCAGGACCCUGGGGUCCUCCUGGGUUCAGUGCUCUGCCGUGACCCCCGCGAGGGUGCCCCACAGUCGGCCCGCGGCCUCUGCCCCCGGUACCCCCUCCGCGCGGGCCAGGCUGACUCGGUACGCAAACGCGCGAUGUCCCCCAUUGUCCUGCCUCGGAAUGAGCGAGUGGCAGCUGGGAGAUGGGGUCAGUCAGGCCCGGAGCUCAGGGCUCCCGGGGACGCCAGGGCCGUCCUAGACCGCUCGGGCCCGCAGGGAGUGGCAGGAAGCGGGGACACCGAGGCCGGCUCGAGGGCCUAGGCUGGGAGGUCCGUGUGCCCCACCCCGCGCGGCCGGCCUCGCCCGCCGGGGCUGCAGAAGCGCUGGAGGGCGGGAGCCUCUGGUUCGAAGGGGGCGGCCGGGUCCUGGGAGGGCCGACCGCGGGGGUAGGGAGGUACUGCAGGUGCAGAGGAGCGGCGGCCGGGCCGGGCCCUGCCGCCACCCGCUUGCGGGCCGCCCGCUUCGCGCCCUGCCCGCCGCGAGAACUACCCCCUCGCGCAGCCCCGGGCCCGGCACAGGGAGCGGCGGCGGGGCCGGCGGGGCUCGGCGGGGCCGCACGUGCGCGCCCUCCCGGGCGGGGGAGUCCCCGGGCGAGCACGUGCCGCGGCGCGCGGGGGGCGGGGAGUCCCGCGGACGCCUUCAUUGCUGCUGCUGCUCCGCCGCGGCCGCCGCUGCCUCUUCCUUCCUCCAGCGCCGUCCCCUCCUCGGCCCGGGCGGGGGGCUCCGCGAGCCGAGCUCGACCGGGCCGGGCGCUCCAGGAGGCGGGCGCCCCAGGCGGCGGCGGCGGCCGCGACGGUGGUGGCGGCGGCGCGGGCCGGGAAACUUUGCCCCUUUGUGCGCUCCGCCCCGGAGGCGGCGGGCAGGCAGCGUUGCCUUCUCCAUCAUCCUGACCCUGGAGAAGUACCAGGAAGAGAAACUCCUCACUCCACCCUGCCCCCACCACACACCCACUUGCUCACCUCAUGCCUGCGUCCAAGGUGGGCAAGGGUGAAGAACCCACCCAGCCAAGAUGAUCCCUCUUCUGGGGACUGCUGCUGGUGUCCUCCCCGAGAUCCCGGGCCCCAGCAGGUGGGAGAGUGGCCCCCAAGGGAGCCCUAUCAGACUGCUGCAGAGGAGGUGAAGAAGGGUUGAGAAAAGGCACCCACCCUGGAGACUGGAGCUGCUUGCCUUCACCCUUGGUGAAGGGUGAAGAUUCUUGACUGUUUUAAGAGAGAAAGGAGCUGUUGGUGGCCUUGGCAGGAAGGCAGCUGAGCUGUGGCUCUACUCUGAUACCUAUGUCCCCACCUCUGGCCUCGUCAUGAGCCAGUUUCAGGUGCCCCUGGCAGUCCAGUCAGACCUGCCAGGCCUUUAUGAUUUCCCUCAGAGCCAGGUGAUGGUAGGGGGCUUCCAGGGGCCUGGGCUCCCCAUGGCUAGGAGUGAACCCCAACUCCGAGGGAGUGGAGAUGGGAGAAAGAAACGGAAGAGGUGUGGUGCUUGUGAGCCCUGCCGGCGGCUAGAAAACUGCGGGGCGUGUACCAGCUGUACCAACCGCCGCACGCACCAGAUCUGCAAACUGCGCAAGUGUGAGGUCCUGAAGAAGAAAGCGGGGCUCCUCAAGGAGGUGGAAAUAAAGGCUGGUGAAGUAGCCCGGCAGUGGGGACAAGGGGCUGCUGUCAAGACAGGCUCAGAGCUCAGCUCAGUUGAUGGACCUGUUCCAGGUCAGAUGGACUCAGGGCCAGUGUACCAUGGGGACUCACGGCAGCUAAGCACCUCAGGGGCACCGGUCAAUGGUGCUAGAGAACCCGCUGGACCCAGUCUGCUCAGGACUGGGGAUCCUUGGCGAGUAGACCAGAAGCCCGACUGGGACGCUGCCCCAGGCCCAGCUCACACUGCUCGCCUGGAAGAUGCUCACGAUCUGGUGGCCUUUUCGGCUGUGGCCGAAGCUGUGUCCUCCUACGGGGCCCUUAGCACCCGGCUGUAUGAAACCUUCAACCGUGAGAUGAGUCGCGAGGCUGGGAAUAGUAGCGGUGGACCCCGGUCAGGGCCUGAGGGCUGCUCCGCCAGCAGCGAAGACCUUGACACGCUGCAGGCGGCCCUGGCCCUGGCUCGGCAUGGCAUGAAACCACCCAACUGCAACUGCGAUGGCCCGGAGUGCCCUGACUACCUCGAGUGGCUGGAGGGGAAGAUCAAGUCUGUGAUCAUGGAGGGCGGGGAAGAGCAGCCCGGACUCCCAGGGGCUCUGCCUCCCGGUGAGGCUGGCCUCCUAACACCAAGCACCAGGCCACUUCUCAGCUCUGACCCGCCCCAGGCCACUACCCCGGAGGGCCUGCCCCUAUCCCAGAGCGCCCUGAGCAUCGCCAAGGAAAGAAACAUCAGCCUGCAGACAGCCAUUGCCAUUGAGGCCCUCACGCAGCUCUCCUCUGCUCUCCCCCAGCCUUCUCACUCCACUUCCCAGGCUUCUUGCCCCCUUCCUGAGGCCUUGUCCCCUCCUGCCCCGUUCCAAUCUCCCCAGUCCUACCUCCGCACUCCCUCGUGGCCUGUGGUCCCCCCCGAAGAGCACCCAUCCUUUGCUCCCGACAGCCCUGCCUUUCCUCCAGCCACUCCUAGAACAGAGUUUCCUGAAGCCUGGGGCGCCGACACCUCCCCAGCAGCUCCCCGCAGCUCUUGGCCCCGGCCCAGCCCUGACCCCAUGGCUGAACUGGAGCAGCUGUUGGGCAGUGCCAGUGAUUACAUCCAGUCAGUAUUCAAGCGGCCUGAGGCCGUGCCUGCCAAGCCCAAGGUCAAGGUUGAGGUGCUCCCUUCCUCCCCAGCCCCAGCCCCGCCCCCCAUUCUUCAGAAGGAGGCCCCCACUCCGUCUCCGGAGCCCAACGCCCACCAGAAGGCCCAGAGUGCCCUGCAGCAGCAUCUCCACCAUAAGCGCAGUCUCUUCCUGGAACAGGCCCGGGGCGCAGCCUCCGCCCCUCCCACAGAGCCUGCUCCUGGCUGGUGGGCACCACCGCGCUCGCCUGCCCCACGGCCUCCGGACAGACCACCCAAGGAGAAGAAGAAGAAGCCCCUGGCACCAGUCGGAGGUCCCGUGGGAACCGAGAAAGCUACCCCUGGGAUCAAGCCCAGUAUCAGGAAGCCCAUUCAGAUCAAGAAGUCUAGGCCCCGGGAAGCACAGCCUCUCUUCCUGCCUCUGCGGCAGAUCGUCCUGGAAGGGCUGAGGUGCCCAGCCUCUGAGGAUCCACCGGCACAUCCACCUGCCCCCGUCCCCACUGCACAGGGCUCUGCUGUCCCCCUACCCCCUGAACCUUCUCUUGCGCUAUUUGCACCUAGUCCCUCCGGGGACAGCCUGCUGCCCCCUACUCAGGAAAUUAGGUCCCCCAGCCCCCUGGCGACCCUGCAGCUGGGCUCCGCUGGCCCUCUUCCCCCCGCCGAUGACAAGCUGGAAGAGCUCAUCCGGCAGUUCGAGGCUGAAUUUGGGGAUAGCUUUGGGCUUCCUGGGCCCCCGUCUGUGCCCAUCCAGGACCCUGAGAACCAGCCAACGUGUCUCCCGGCCCCCGAGAGCCCUUUUUCUACCCGCUCCCCCAAGCAGAUCAAGAUUGAGUCCUCGGGGUCUGUGACUGUGCUCUCCACCACCUGCUUCCAUUCAGAGGAGGGAGGCCAGGAGGCCACACCCACCAAGGUCGAGAACCCCCUCACACCCACCCUCAGUGGUUUCCUGGAGUCACCUCUUAAGUACCUGGACACGCCUACCAAAAGCCUGCUGGACACGCCCGCCAAGAGAGCCCAGGCGGAAUUCCCCACCUGCGACUGUGUUGAACAAAUAGUGGAGAAAGAUGAAGGUCCAUAUUAUACUCACCUGGGAUCUGGCCCCACAGUAGCCUCCAUCCGGGAACUCAUGGAGGAGCGGUAUGGAGAGAAGGGGAAAGCCAUCCGGAUCGAGAAGGUCAUCUACACUGGGAAGGAGGGGAAGAGCUCUCGCGGCUGCCCCAUUGCAAAGUGGGUGAUCCGCAGGCACACACUGGAGGAGAAGCUGCUCUGCCUCGUGCGGCACCGGGCAGGCCACCACUGCCAGAACGCCGUGAUCAUCAUCCUCAUCCUGGCCUGGGAGGGCAUCCCCCGAAGCCUUGGAGACACCCUGUACCAGGAGCUCACCGACACCCUCCGGAAGUACGGGAACCCCACCAGCCGGAGAUGUGGCCUCAAUGAUGACCGGACCUGCGCUUGCCAAGGCAAAGACCCCAACACCUGUGGUGCCUCCUUCUCCUUCGGUUGUUCCUGGAGCAUGUACUUCAAUGGCUGCAAAUACGCUCGGAGCAAGACUCCUCGAAAGUUCCGCCUUGCGGGGGACAACCCCAAAGAGGAAGAAGUGCUCCGGAAGAGUUUCCAGGACCUGGCCACCGAAGUCGCUCCCCUGUAUAAGAGGCUGGCUCCCCAGGCCUACCAGAACCAGGUGACUAAUGAGGAGGUAGCGAUUGACUGCCGCCUGGGGCUGAAGGAGGGACGGCCGUUCUCGGGGGUCACGGCCUGCAUGGACUUCUGUGCCCACGCCCACAAGGACCAGCAUAACCUCUACAAUGGAUGCACAGUGGUCUGCACCCUGACCAAGGAAGACAAUCGCUGUGUGGGCAAGAUUCCUGAGGAUGAGCAGCUGCAUGUGCUCCCCCUGUACAAAAUGGCCAACACGGAUGAGUUUGGAAGCGAGGAGAACCAGAGCGCAAAGGUGGGCAGCGGGGCCAUCCAGGUGCUCACCGCCUUCCCCCGCGAGGUCCGGCGCCUGCCUGAGCCUGCCAAGUCCUGCCGCCAGCGGCAGCUGGAGGCCAGGAAGGCGGCUGCUGAGAAGAAGAAGAUGCAGAAGGAGAAGCUGAGCACUCCUGAGAAGAUCAAACAGGAAGCUCUGGAGCUGGCCGGCAUCUCCAUGGACCCAGGCCUGUCUCUGAAGGGCGGAUUGUCCCAGCAAAGCCUGAAGCCUGCGCUUAAGGUGGAGCCACAGAGCCACUUCAGCUCCUUCAAGUACAGCGGCAACGCGGUGGUGGAGAGCUACUCGGUGCUGGGCAGCUGCCGGCCCUCCGACCCCUACAGCAUGAACAGCGUGUACUCCUACCACUCCUACUAUGCACAGCCUGGCCUGACCUCUGUCAACGGCUUCCACUCCAAGUACGCACUUCCAUCCUUCAGCUAUUACAGCUUUCCAUCCAGCAACCCCGUCUUCCCCUCUCAGUUCCUGGGUCCUGGCACCUGGGGGCGCAGCAGCAGCAAUGGCAAUUUCGAGAAGCCAGACCUCCACGCUCUGCACAGCAGCCUGAGCCCGGCCUACAGUGGUGCUGAGUUUGCCGAGCUGCCUGGCCAGGCUGUUCCCGUGGACACCCACCACCCCACUCCUCACCACCAGCAGCCUGCUUAUCCAGGCCCCAAGGAGUAUCUGCUUCCCAAGGCCCCCCACAUCCACCCUACAUCCAGGGACCCCUCUCCCUUUGCACAGAGCUCCACCUGCUACAGCAGAUCCAUCAAGCAAGAGCCAGUAGAUCCACUGGUCCAGGCCGAAUCUCUACCCCGAGACCCCGGUAAGAUGGGCAAAACGCCUUUGCCCGAGGCAUCUCAGAAUGGGGGACCCAAUCACCUAUGGGGACAGUACUCAGGAGGCCCAAGCGUGUCCCCCAAGAGGACUAACAGUGUGGGUGGCAGCUGGAGUGUGUUCCAUCCUGGGGAGAGCCCUGCCAUCAUCUCUGAUAAGCUCGGUUCUUUUGGGGCUGGCUGCCUGACCCCUUCCCACUUUCAGGAUGGCCAGUGGGGGCUGUUCCCCAGCGAGGGGCAGCAGCCAGCCCCCCAGCCUGGAGGACUACCGCGAAGCAAACCGUGGAGCCCCUGCAAGUUUGGGAAUGCCGCCUCGGCCUUGGCUGGGCCUGGCCUGGCUGAGAAGCCGUGGGGGGCACGGGGGGCAGAGUUCAACUCUGCCCUGAAAGGUGGGCCCGGAUUCCAAGACAAGUUGUGGAGCCCCCUGAAAGGGGAGGAGGGAAGGAUUCCAACCCCAGGGGCCGGCCAUCUGGACAAAGCCUGGCAGUCCUUCGGCAUGCCCCUGGGCUCCAGUGAGAAGCUGUUCAGGGCCCUGAAGUCCGAGGAGAAGCUGUGGGACCCCUUCAGCCUGGAGGAGGGGACGGCUGAGGAGCUCCCCCACAAGGGGGUGGUGAAGGAGGAGAAGGGCAGCGGGGCCUGCGCUGAGGAGGAGGAGGAGCUGUGGUCCGACAGCGAACACAACUUCCUGGACGAGAACAUCGGCGGCGUGGCCGUGGCCCCUGCUCAUGGUUCCAUCCUCAUUGAGUGUGCCCGGCGGGAGCUGCACGCCACCACGCCCCUCAAGAAGCCCAACCGCUGCCAUCCCACCCGCAUCUCGCUGGUCUUCUACCAGCACAAGAACCUCAACCAGCCCAAUCAUGGGUUGGCCCUCUGGGAGGCCAAGAUGAAGCAGCUGGCAGAGAGGGCCCGGGCCCGGCAGGAGGAGGCUGCCCGGCUGGGCCUGGGCCAGCAGGAGGCCAAGCUCUACGGGAAGAAGCGCAAGUGGGGGGGUGCCCUGGUCUCCGAGCCCCAGCAUAGGGAGAAGGGGAUGGUCCCCACCCGGCAGGCGCUGGCUGUGCCCACAGACUCAGCAGUCACCGUGUCCUCCUACGCCUACACGAAGGUCACUGGCCCCUACAGCCGCUGGAUAUAGGUGCCAGGGAGCCAGCGUACCUCAGCGUCGGGCCCGGCCCGAGCUGCCUCUGUGGUGCUUUUGCCCUCACACCUGGGGGCGGGUUGGGGGUGCAGAAGUCUUUUUAUCUAUAUAUACAUAUAUAGAUGUGCAUAUAUAUGUAUUUAUGGUCCAAACCUCAGAACUGACCCGCUCCUCCCUUCCCCCCACUUCCCCAGCACUUUGAAGAAGAAACUACGGCUGUCGGGUGAUUUUUUCGUGAUCUUAAUAUUUAUAUCUCCACAUUGGUUUCCCCCCUUGUUUGGGGGGCUUUUAUUUUCUCUUGUUUUUAAAACUCUAUCCUUGUAUAUCACAAUAAUGGAAAGAAAGUUUAUAGUGUCCUUUCACAAAGGAGUAGUUUUAAAUUCCAUUUAAAAUGUGUAUUUAUUGGGUUUUUUUAAAAAGUGACAAUAGUAAUGGUAAAGGAUUGGCAGGAAGGGCCCGAAGUGCCCAUUCCUGCCCAGUCUUGCUGGGCCCAGCGAGCCUGGCCCUCUUGGGAGCUGACAAGGUUCUCGCAGCUGUCUGCCCCUCAUGAGCCAAGUGCAGACUGUAGCCGCCGGGUCCAUCCCUUCUGACAAGACACACCUUCCCUUCAGGGCAGGGAGCCCUCAGCACAGCUUCCAUCCUCUCGUGAGGAUGGGAGAGGCUGGAGAAAAACAGCUGGGGUCCCUUUUCCAGUUACCGGCUUGGAGCCGAGGAUGGGGGGCAGGUACACCCCAGGCCAGGCACUGAGACACUGGCAUAGAUUUCCCCAGAAACCAGGUUGGAAGUAGACAGCUUCAAGCUUGCUAGUCUCCACACUGAAUCCUCUCUGUCCAUUAUUUAUCGAGUCACAUGAUGUCAUGGUUCCCUAAGGCAGCACCACAUGAUGGAGCUGGAAUUGACAGGCUCUCAGGAGCCAUUUCCACCAAGUUGGCAAGCCAGUGAUACUGGGCUGAAGGAAUUUGUCUUAGUGGCAAUUUUUUAAAAAUGCCCCAAAGGCCAUGCUAAUACUGAAAAAGGGCUACUGUAUCUUAAGAAACAAGAAGUUGAACCCAAGCUGUGAAAAGCCAGCCCUGCUUGUGGGCAGCGCUGUGCCGAGCCUGGUGCUGUAGUUUGUGCUGGGACUUGAUUCUCGCAGGUUGCAUCUGCCGGAGCCCAGCACACCGGUGUGACAGCAUUUAAUGCGUCUCUCCUUACUCCUGGAUUUCCACAAUGGACUAUGGUGCAUGCCUCACAGCCAAGCCCGCCCCCUCUGCGCUAUCAUCUGGGGAGCAGGCCUAUACUUACAACUAUUUUUAAAUGCAGGAAUCAGUUUUCAGCAGGUAGCUGUGAUUUUCCUCCCUAAUUGGUGCCAUUUCUCUAUUUGAUGAUUUUCUCCUUUCCUUCCUCCUCUCCCCACCUACCUUAACACGCCCAUUCCUAAAAUUCUGGUGCAUUUGUUCAGUUCUUUGAAAUGAGAAUGUGGUGCUUAAUUUUUGCAACAUUGUUGAGAGAGGCUGGGCCUGACAGGCGGAAGCAACAUUUGUGGACAGCAAGUCAAACUUCCUGGAGUGUUUGUUUUCCUGUAUUAGCAAAAAUUAUGUCAAGCUACCCAUGUGGAUGUGUGUGGUGAAUGGGAGGCUUCAUCAGGACACACAAAGGGGAACACGGCCACGCGGUAAAUAACAACCGAGCCCUGAGAUAAAUGUCAGAUAUUUAUUGAACAGUUUUAUUCAGAUGUGGGUCUUCGUAAAACGAGUUUAACAAUCAGAUGACGAUGCUAAAGGCAAGUUCCUGAGCUUCCAGGUGCCUUGUGUAAGAGCUAAGAGCUGACCCGCUGGGUGUGUACUGUAAUGUUCCGGAGCACUGGCGGAGAGUCGCUGUAAGAUGUCCUGAGCGUUUAUGUGGUCUGGUUUUAACUGUAAAUAGUGAAAGAUUUUUUUAAGCACUUUUGCCUAGAUUUAAACAGCAACUUAAAAAAAAGUCUGUUUUAACCUGUAACUGUGGGAGAAAAUUGUAAAUAGUAGCUGAAUAUUUAACGUGCUUUGUCUAUCCUUCACUUUUACCAUAUUCUGUAAAGUUGCAUUUAUUUUACAGGACAAAAAUGAAAUAUUAUUGCUUUUGAAAUAAAUACCCAAGAGCUUAUCAGGAUUUAGAAUUAUUCAGAACUCAGAUUUAUAGGAAAACCUCUGACCUUCAGUUUGACAAGCUAAAGGAAGCAGAGUCUUUAAUGAGCAUGCUCGUUUUCUAGUUUUGAGGAAAAUUUGGGUCCUUGAAAUGCUAUUUUGCUUAUCGCAUCAGUACUUUUAUGCAGGUCUCAUUUGACUCCGUGCUUAGGUAGAUGCGGGGGUGCCUUGAAAACUUCAUUUUAAAUGAUUUUAAGCAAGAAAUACAAUAUUUUACAAAAUAUUUGGAGAGUGUGACCGUCUGUAUGACCCGGGAAAGCCCCAGGUUGGCUGUUGGUCUGGAAGGUCCCGAGUGUAACCCAGGUGAUUCUGAUACUUGGCAUGUGUGACUCUUCCUGAUGGAUGUUAAACAGACUCUUCCCCCUGGUCACCCUUUGGUAGCAAAGCCAUUAGAUGAAAGGAGAAGCAAAUACAAGCUGAAAGCAUGUGAUGUCUGUCCCCCCAGCCCCAACAGCCUUUGGUUCAUAAAUUUCCAGAUUAGCAAAUAGGCUGCCAAGAGGUGAGUCAAGAGGCAGUCUCCAUUGGACGUUCUCAUCCCCCUCAGAAUGGUGUUUCAGAAAUUAGGUGGUGCUGUUGUCAUGCUCGAGCCCAUGCUGAUUUUUACACACUACACGUAUAACCUACCUCAAAUCUCAGUCAUUAAAAUUAGCAUGCUUUAGACAUAUAUUUGAAAAGUAACUAUGCACAGCUCUUUAUCCCCCCUUGCUGCUGAAGGUUUCUUAAAGAGAAAAAUCAAAUUUUUAUUUUUUACUGGCACUAUCAUUUUUUAAGUCCUAAAGAUGAUUAACAGACAUUUUUAUCACGAAAAGAAAAAUAAAGCCAUUGCAACUAAAGAACCUAACAGCAUGACCAAGUUCUAAGAGUAAUAUUAGAGCAGCGGAAAGUGACGGAGUGGUAGAGUCAUCUCCCCAGAGUGUCCUGUCCACAGACACCAUCCACAUGCAGUGCGAACAUUUGGUUCCUCUUUUGUUUUCUCUGCCUUUUGCAUGCAAGGGAAGUGCUUGCAAAGUUCUGUGCUAAGAGAUUUUUAAAAUAAAAAUCGCUUUGCAGCAGGUUCUCACAAAAUAACUGGUGCUAGUUCAAGAAACCAUUACCUAACCAUCAGAAAUCUUGACUGAAGGUGUUCCAUAGAUUUUUGAGAUUUUCUGUUGUUCAGUUUGUUUUUUGGCAGGGCCUAAGUUUCCCACACGCUGGCUCCAUGGCUACUGCUUUGCCUUCUCCCCAAUACGACAGCGCUGUGCAUGGAAAGAGAUGGUACCCUGCCCCCUCUUGGUCCUUCCACCAGCCUCUUUUAGAAACAGUAGUUCGCAGAGCAAGGGAUUUUUACAGUGAUAAAGCAAGGAAAGACACAGCAGAGCUUAACUGCUUUGUACCAAACAGCAGGAGAUGUUCGAGGACGGUUGGUGAUGGGUAGAUGGUAACCUGAUUUCACUGAGAGAAGUCCAGCCAGACUUUGUGAAGUUUAGCCACCGCCAGAUCUCAAACUAAGGCAAUGCUGGUGGAAAAGUAAAAUCAUAUCCCUGACGUGCCUCAACCAAUCUCUCUCCUUUUGUUACCGAAGUGUGUUUUAUGGACUAGGAAGCAUUUUUAUGAAUUGAAAUAGUCUAAAUAAAAUGGUGCUAUGGUGUUUAA